AUUCUGGCUCCUGUAGCGUCAAUACUAGAUCAUCUGCAAAUGCUCUCAGUUUGUACUGUUUAGCUCCGACUUGUAUGCCCUUAACCAACCGGUCCUUUCUAAUCAUGUUUAGCAAAACCUCCAGGACCAAUAUAAAAAGCAGUGGGGAAAUUGGGCACCCCUGUCGUGUCCCUUUUUCUAUCUUAAAUUCUUCCGUGACCACAUUAUUUACAAUUAAUUUAGCCUUUUGUUCAGAGUAUAUUGCACCUAUACCAUUUUCAAAGCCUUGGCCUACCCCCAUCCCAUGCAAGUUCUUCUUCAUAAAACUCCAAGAGAUAUUAUCAAAAGCUUUCUCCGCGUCGACAAAUAUCAAUACUGCUUUAGUGUUUAUAUUCACUUCUAGCUUUUCCAAAAUAUCAAUUAUAUUCCUCAAAUUGUCGGACAAGUGUCUUCCCGGGAGAAAGCCCGCUUGGUCUUUAUGAAUCUCUUUCAUCAAUACUUUUUUCAAUCUCUUGGCCAAAAUGUCUGCAAAAAUUUUGUAAUCCACAUUAAGUAACGAUAUAGGGCGGUAGUUCUUAAGCUGAGUCUUUUCAGUCUCUGUUUUCGGUAUAAGUGUGAUAUACGUCUCUUUCCACGAUUCUGGUGCCCAUUUCCCCUCCAAUAUUUCAUUGCAGACUUCCUUCAAAGGUUGCAAUAACCACUCUUUCAGGAGGCCGUUUAGGGCUUUGAAGGUCAACAUCAACACUUUGAAUUGUGCUCGGAAACUUAACUGGGAGCCAAUGUAGCUCUUUCAGGUUAUAUGGUCUCAGUGGCCGCUCCCAGUCCCUAGUCCAGCUGCUGCAUUCUGGAUUAGUUGCAGUUUCUGGGUCACCUUCAAAGGAAGCCCCACGUACAGCUCAUGGCAGUAGUGCAAGCGGGAGAUAACCUGUGGGGUCCCUUUCCAAGUUCUAUGUUUCUGUGGUUCUAUGAGAUCAAUUUUGUUUUGUCUGUCAGGGGCUCUGAAGAAAGCCGACGGGGAGCUUCAGAAAGCUGUAAGUAGCCUGAAGGAAGGUCUUGGGGCUUGAGCAGGGAUCUUGGGCAGCCAUUCCGGAAUCCCUGACGGUGACGUCUCUCCCCCUCUUUCCCUCGCACAGUGCCUUAUUGAAGCCAUCACCAUCAUGGAUAUCAUUUGCAGACAGGACUCUUCCUACGUCUACCGCUCGCUCUCCUGCCUGAAAAACGUGCACAGCCGGAUCAGUGGGGACCUGUCUUAUGCCAGGGUGCUGCUGCCGAUUGCCCAGUUCUUUCUGAACCACAGUGAGUAA